AUGGAGAUUAAGGUCGAACCAAAAGCUAUGGCGAUUAAGGUCGAAGAGAAAGCUAUGGAGAUUAAGAUACAUAGAGACAUACCAGAGGCAACCCUGAAGAAAACGAAAGAAGAAGAAGAGCAACCGCUAAGUCCGGCGGCGCGUAUAUUCCACGCACCGGAGUUUAAUUGUUAUGUAAUAUCGGUGAUUGGUGUUAAGAAGAAGAUCGAGCCAAAUGUGGUUAUUGAAGGAUUAAAGCAAACUUGGAUCAGACACCCUCGUUUCUCCAGUAAAAUGGUCAACAAAACAAACAAAAGUAAACAAACACAAAGAUGGGUUCGGACGAACGUGGUCGUCAACGAACAUAUCAUCGUACCAGACAUCCGAACCCAAAACAUAGAGAACGCAAACGCAGACAAGUUUCUUGAGAGUUACGUCUCCGACCUCACGUUGGUCCCUUUAGACACCUCAAAACCGUUAUGGGAGCUUCACCUACUCGAUUUGAAAACCUCCGAUGCUGAAAACGUGGCCGUUUUAAAAUUUCAUCACUCUUUAGGGGAUGGUAUGUCUCUAAUGUCCCUUGUCUUCGCUUGUAUGCGUAAAACAUCGAACCCCGACGAGCUCCCGACUCUACCGUACCAAAACCGAUCGUCAUCUGGUUCUUCACGGUUAACAGUCGGUUCAAGGAGUGGUUUUCGGUUCUUGUGGUUAUUUACGGUUAUAUGGUCGGCGAUUAUGUUGGUUUUAAAUACAAUUUGUGAUGCUUUGGGGUUCAUUGCUACGACAAUGUUCGUUAUGGAUACUGAGACACCUAUCAAAGGGGAUUACCGGUUAAGUAAGCCUAAAAGGAUGUCUUUGGUUCAUCUUACCGUAAGCUUAGACGACAUAAAGCUUAUCAAGACUACCAUGAAGAUGACUGUCAACGAUGUUGUACUUGGAGUAACUCAAGCUGGUCUCUCGCAAUAUAUAGAGAGAAGAUAUAAAGAGAAGAAGAAGAUAGUAGGAGACGAUCUAGAAUCUAAAAGUAGUUCACAUGAGAUUCCUAAGAGAAUAAGGCUAAGAUCAGCUCUACUAGAUCUGGCUGAUAUGAUGGCCAACGGAUCUAAGUGUAAAUGGGGUAAUAUGAUCGGGUACAUAGUCUUUCCCUUCUCAAUCGGUUUACAAAAGGAUCCGUUAGAACAUCUUCGGAGAGCCAAAAAGAUCAUUGAUCGGAAGAAAAACUCGUUGGAAGCUGCACUAACCUUCAUCGUUGGUAAAUUCAUGAUUAAAGCAUUUGGUGUUAAGGUGACAGCUAAUCUAAUAAAUAGAAUGUUGUCAAACACAACGAUGUCUUUUUCGAACUUGAUUGGUCCUAUUGAAGAAAUUAGCUUCUUUGGGCAUCCUAUCACUUACAUUGCCCCAAGUGUUUAUGGCCAUCCCCAUGCUUUGACGAUGCAUUUCCAAAGUUACAUGAACAAGAUGACGAUUUCCUUGACAGUAGAUUCUACGGUCAUAAAUAAUCCUCACCAGCUACUUGGCGACUGGGAGGAAUCUCUAAGAACCAUCAAAACUGCUGCCCAAGAAAGAGGCUCCACUCAUCAGUAG